AACUGUCUAAAAAUGAGGGGCUCCAAAGAAGUCAUCAUUUCAAGUGACAGCACUGGAGAGAGUUACAACGCAGCCGUGUGGGACCCAUCAACGGCUUCCCUUCUCUCAACAUACAGAAAUGCAUCUGCCAUUGGAUUUCGCACACUUCAACUUCUCGGUGACAGUUAUUUAUUAGCAGCAGAUGCCACUAAGCCUCGACUCCAUAUAUGGCCUUUGAAUAGCCAAAAUACAGUUCCCAGUCUUCGACUCUCAACCCCUGGAAAAGUCUCAGCUUUAGCUUCGACUCCUAAUGGAUCCUACCUUGCAGCAGGCAUAAAUGAAAAAAUUUAUGUUUGGCAACUUUGCACAGGUCGAUUACUUGUAACACUAUCAGAACAUUUUCAGACAGUCACUUGCCUGACCUUCAAUCGAGAUGGAUCAUCGUUUGCUAGUGGCGGAGAAGAUGGCCUCAUUUUUGUAUGGUCACUUUCUGAAGUGGUAAACGGUAAAAACAAUCCUCUCUAUUCAUUUACUGUUCACUCCAGAUCUAUAAAAGAUCUGUAUUUUGGUCAUUUUGGCUUGAGGGGAAGAUUAUGCUCUGCAUCUGCUGAUUGCACAGCUAAGAUAUUUGAUGCUAAUGUUGGCAAAGUUCUCUUGACCAUUCCAUGCGACGUGCCUCUUAUGUCAGUGGCCAUGGACAUAACUGAGAGGAGAUUGUUCAUCGGUGGUGCGAAUGGCAAAAUAAUGCAAGUUAAUCUUCAUGAUUCACCUCGAGGAGUUCCAUGCUAUGGUGGUUCAAGUAAAGAGGGUGAACGUACCUCCCUUUUGGGUCAUGAAGGAAGCGUAAUCACUCUAUCAGUUUCCACAGAUUGCAAAACACUAUUAUCUGGUGGCAUAGAUGGCUUGGUAAAUGUUUGGGAUAUUUCGGGUCGUGAGAUUAUCAACACGUUGAAGCAUAAACGUCCGAUUGUAUCGGCUUUUUUUGCAAAAUCUUUUGAAAAUUUUCGUAAAAGCACUUUGAAACCCAGUUUGGUUGUGAAACCUUUACAACGAACGUCUGAUGGAAGUGGAAAGGAUGAUUUCUUGGAAGUGACACACAACAAUCAAAAUAUUGCCAAUAUAUUAAAUUCGGAUUCCUAUAUGGAGAGAAAUUCUGGUACCUGCUUCUUAGUUACUGAUAAUUCUGGCAAAUUGGCUGAAGCUUAUGCAGAAAUCGAUAAACUGAAGAAUAUAAAUUCGGCUAUGUAUCAGUAUUCAGUCAAACAUUUAUUUUCAAGUGUGGAUGUAGUGUGAGAUAAAGUACCAUGUGUAGAGAUAUUUUCAGUGUGUGUUGAAAUAAUGAUAAUGAUAAGCGUUUAAUAUUUGCGUAGCUAAUGAAUGUAAGAAUGGACAAUUACAGAUAUUUUAAAGUUCAUCAA